UGUAGUAAUGCGCAAACACACGCUCGUGCCAGUGUAACAGCUAUGACUUUCCACAUCUCCAGCUCUCUCAGUGACACCAAAAUGAAAUGAAUUCAGCAUCUGCCGGGUAUUCAUCCUCUUCUUUUCCCUCUUCUGCGGAGAUGCCUGCACGUUACAGGGAUUUAUGCGGAGGAGCAUGUAACUUUGCCAAUAUGCCCUAUUGGACAUUGGUAGUAUACACCUUAGAGUCCUAUGGAAUAUAGUGCGCUUUGCCACACUUCUCCGCCGGUGAAAAAUAAACUUUUUGUGUUGUGCAUAAUGCUGUCACUGUGGGUGUACAUGCUCUACUGCUGCGUGGGUUACUGCUCCACCACACCGACUUUUAUGCUUGAUGAACGGAGCAGGAGGAUGCCGCCACCCAGAGCUCUCCAGAACCAGCCUGAAGAUCCGGAGGUGAUCCUCAAAAGCCAAUCCAGGGACUUAUUAAACAACGAGAGUGAUGCUGAUAGCAGAGGAGAUGGCUGGGAGGAAAAUAAGGUCGAUGUGACUUAUGACGAGGACUCUGGAGUGACAGGUGCCCCGAACGGGUCCGAGACCAAAAGGUUGCCUCAAGCAAUAAUUAUCGGGGUGAAGAAGGGAGGAACGCGCGCACUGCUGGAGUUUCUGCGCCUCCAUCCGGAUAUCCGCGCGGUGGGAGCGGAGCCGCACUUUUUUGAUCGCAACUAUGAGAAAGGACUCGAGUGGUACAGGGAACUAAUGCCGAAGACUUUGGAGGGUCAGCUGACCAUGGAGAAGACACCGAGCUACUUUGUAACCAAGGAGGUUCCAGGCCGGAUCCAUGCCAUGUCCAAGGACACCAAGCUGAUAGUUGUGGUUAGAGACCCCGUAACCCGGGCGAUUUCGGACUACACGCAGACCCGCUCAAAGAAACCCGACAUCCCUUCCUUUGAGAGCUUGACUUUUAAGAACAUCACAGGAAAUAUAAUAGACACCUCAUGGAGCGCUGUUCAGAUCGGCAUGUAUGCCAGACAUCUGGAGCGAUGGCUGCAGUUCUUCCCCAUGAGCCAGUUGUUGUUUGUGAGUGGGGAGCGACUGAUCAGCGACCCCGCAGGAGAGAUGGCCCAUGUACAGCAUUUCCUGGGCCUUAGAAGAGUAGUCUCACACAAACACUUCCACUUUAACCCCGCCAAGGGCUUCCCCUGCCUCAAAAGGCCCGAAAGCAACAGCAAACCGCACUGCCUCGGCAAAACAAAAGGCCGGACACACCCAAACAUUGAUCCGGAUGUGAUUCAAAGAUUGAGAGACUUCUACAAGCCCUUUAACAAAAAGUUCUUCCAUAUGACAGGCCAGGAUUUUGGCUGGGACUGAGAUUUUUUUUUUUGGAAGAUAAUUAAUUGUAAGAAGUCUAUUUUAUCCUAAUUUAUUUGAGAGUAAAAUACUCACUUAGCUGCCUAUUGCUGCCUAUUGUUGUUGUACAAACUGUAAGUUUCUACUUGAUACAUUCCAGUUGAAUCUGUAAGCAUGAUAUUUAAUAAGCUUGAUCAUUUGUGUUUUCAAAUUUGUUUGACAAAGGAAAAAAGCACAAUGUAACUAAUUACGGGUAUAUUAUAAAUCUCUUUGUCCUGCACAGAGAGAAUAUUCUGAUCAAUUCUUAAUUCCGUUGCGUAAUAGGGCCUCAUAUUUCUUUUAAUAAACAUAUUAUUUAAUCUGUUACACAAGAAUACGACCAUACCAUCAUUUAUUUUCUUUACGGACCUAAAGUUUAAAGGGUCAGUAUUUCGUUUCAGUUUUUCCAAAGCCACUUUUGAAGGAUCAAUACGCAUAAAGUUAUUCAACAUUAUGGAAAAAAAUAAACAUUUAUUGUCUGGCACCAUUUUUAUGACCCCAGCUAUAUGUUUAACAUGAUUUAUGUAAAUAUACAUCAGCAUUAAGCACAAAAGGGGAAUACACUAAGUAGGAAGCGAAAGCUAUUUGUAUGCCGCAAUUUCCCGUAUUGACUUUAUUUAUAUGCAUGGUGCAGCACGAUACCAGUGGAUAUAAUAACUGGUUUUACCCCAGAAACUGUGUAUUACAUUAGUGCACAAUACUCCGAGUCUGUAUUUGCAUUUGUGUGGUGUGAUUGCAGUUCUUGUUACAUGAUUAAGAAGAGAAAUGGAGGCAAAAAGUUCUUUUGAAUUUCUGUUACACAGAAAAGCACAAACACCUCUGUCUAAAUUAUGGCCUCAUAUGACUGUAAGACCUUUCAUAAAACCUCAGUAUUUGAAAAUCUGAGGGCCUUUUCAGAAUGAAUAUAAUAGGGACAAGUUCAGUUAACUUGUUUCAUUACUUGCAAGAAUUGCAAAAAGGGAAAGUGGAACUUCUCGUCAUAUUUUUAAUUUUUUUUCAUACAUCAAUGGUUGAGUUUUAUUCAACCCUUUUUAUGUACUUUCAAAAUUGACUUAUUGUAUCAGGCUCAAAUGUUGUCUGCCACUUGUUUUUAUAACUAAUUAGAUAAA